GCGGUAAAAGCAUAAUGAACCGACGUCCUUCAGUUAGCCAAUCACAAUUACCUUAGAGCUUGUGUGAAAUUUGAAGUGCAGCGAUCGAAUGACGACAGUUUCAGUGGAUGACGGCGAAAAUAUCCUGAAUGAAAAAGACAGAAGCGCGAAAAUUAAAAAACUAUCGAGUAUAGCGAAAUCAUGGGGAAUUAAUGGAACAAUGACAAUACAUGAAAUUGGUUUACUACUCGUCGAAAAGUCCUCAACAUAUCCCGUGCGCAAAAAUCUUUUAGAAGCAUUUCAUUUGUUGUAUCAACUGAAAGCACCCGAUGACAUUUACCCACUAGUUAUUAUCGAAAAAAUCAUCACUUGUUUAACUUUAUCACUAACACAUGAAUAUAAACUUGAAGCAUUGAAAAUACUACUGUUAAUAGCUCAGGAGGAGAAAGGAUUGCGCAAUAUAUUAAGAUUACAAGGUUGUGAUGCUACGCUCAAUCUGUUGUUUAGAGCUGAAGAAGUUUUAAAACCUCAUUGUCUAAAUUUACUAAUCAGGAUGUCAGAAUCUUUGAGAGGAAGGAUUGCUAUCCUUGAAUAUGUGGACUCAUCUCAGCAACUUUUGCUGCAACUGCAAAAGUCGAAAAAAUUCAGUAAUCUAAUACUUCAGCUUAUAACUAAUUUACUGGGAGUACCUACGGCUAGAAAAAUGUUCAAUGUUCCGAAAUUUAUCAAUUAUUUAUCCAGUGAAUCCGAUGAUUCAGAAUUAAAUCUACGCAAACAAUUAGUAUUAUGGUUAGUUAAUUUACCAAGUCGAAAUUUAGUUGAUCAUUUGGCUUCACAAUAUGGUUUACAUGAUCAAAAUUGGAGUAUUGAUUAAAAACAACUAAUUUCAUAACAAUUUUGAUGAACACAACUUACUAGUUAACAUUUUAUACUCCGAUUUAUUUAUUUUGUUUCUAAUGAAAAAUCUAAUACUUAUCAAA